CUGUAUAAUAUGUAUUAAUGGCGAAGUUUAAUCCUUUCUCUUCUUCUUCUUUCGAACCAGAUAUCCAUCACUCUCUUUCAAUCUAGGGUUUCCACUUGAACCUUCGAUCCCUUUGCUUCUCUCUUGAUUCUUCGAUCUCUCUCAUUCUUUCUCAUGCUGGAUUUGAAGCCUUUCUUGGCUUGCCGGCAAACUAGGGUUCGCUUUCUUCUUUGAAUCCGAGUUUUUUUUUUUUUCUUCUUUUUCUCGAUGAAGGAAGUGAGCAAUGGCGAUGGUGAUAGUGGGAGGACGACGACCCAUCUCUAUUUGAAUGUCUAUGAUCUCACUACCAUUAACAACUAUCUUUAUUGGUUCGGCCUUGGGAUCUUUCAUUCAGGGAUUGAAGCAUUUGGCAUGGAGUAUGCCUUUGGAGCGCAUGAUUAUCCAACCAGUGGUGUGUUUGAGGUGGAACCGAAAAGCUGCCCUGGCUUUAUUUACAGACGCACUGUGUGGUUGGGCAGCACCAACAUGUCCCGGUCUGAGUUCCGUUUGUUCGUAGAGGACCUUGCUGUAAAUUACCAUGGGGAUACUUAUCACUUAAUUUCCAAGAACUGCAACCAUUUUACUGAUGAUGUUUGCAGGCGCUUGCUUGGGAAACCUAUCCCCGGAUGGGUAAAUCGCCUUGCCAGACUAGGUUCUUUCUGCAACUGCCUGUUUCCUGAAACCAUUCCUGUCACAUCACUUGAUCACUUCUCAAACCAUCCAGAAAACUCAGAUGAUGGGUCACAAUCAGUUGUUUCAUUAGCAAUGGAGGAUAGUGACGAGGAAGGGUCAGAACAUCACUUGCUCAAGCUGCCAAGUAUCGAUCAGGGAUACUCGGAAGACAAACCUUUGAGGCUUGCUAGAGAUAUGCUGUGACUACUUCCCUUCAUGAUGAGGUGACAAUUAGCAACAAGGUACUAUGCUGUAUAAUUCACUAGCUUACUGAAGUCUAUUGGGUGAAGAAGUCCUUGUUUUCGCCCUUUUCGAAAGUGUCGUUUUUGUACCUCCUUUGCAAUGGAGAGUUGGUAUUCGACUCUUGUUCUUCGUCAGAGGUAGAGGUCGAGGGUUCAAGUCUCCUCCCUCUCAAAGUUGCUUGUCCAUGUUUCUUUAAAAAAAAAUUUGACGAUUUCUUUACCCAAUCACCUCAGAUUCACCAAUUCUUUAUUAUUAUUACUACUUGUUAUUAGUCAAUCUUAAAUUUUUCUGUCCAUCCAUGAACUUAUAUGAGAUUAUGUGUAUGAUUUUGAAGUUUAUGUGUGUC